AUGGAGGCCUGGCUCGCCUCGUGCGUGUCACGCUCGCUCUCUCUCCACUGUGUGCGGAAUGCGACUUUCUUAGCGGAACGCCUCUGUGCGUCGUUCCCGAACGAGCCCAACUUCCAGUUACUGGCUUCCUGCUACUUGAGGGCUAACAAGCCUCUGCUUGCACGACACGUUCUCAAAGGGCUACCGUCUGACCAGAGCCGUUACCUGCUGGCACUGGCGUGUUACGACCUGCAGCUUCUCACAGAAGCAGAAGCAGCCCUGCAGCCCAACCUUGCGUCUAUGAUCCUACCUCCCGCACUCCACUCCCUCAUUGCCUCCUCCUCUCCUGCCUCCUCGCCUUCCGCUGCCUCAGCACAGCGAUCUCAUGAGGUGAGCGAUCUCGGCACAUGCUUUCUUGAGACUCUGGCUCACCCGCAGGUGCCGAAUGGAGCAGCAGGCCUGUACCUCCUUGGCCUCAUCUGCAAAGCUACCAACCGGCGUCAGGUGGCCAUUCGGCAUUUCACAUCUGCCCUUGCACUGGAUCCCUUCUUCUGGUCUGCAUACGAGGAGCUGUGCAUCCUUGGAGCGGAAGCAGAGGCGUCACAGGCUUUCAACGAAACUGCAGCCCUGCACAUGGAACAGCAGCAGCAGAGGGUUCAACAGGAAGUGUCAGUCCAGCAGCAGCAACAUCAACAGCCACAGCACUGUUCUCAGCCGCAGCAACAACAAUCAGGACAGGGUCAGGAGCAAGGGCAAGAGGGGGUAGCGCCACCGCAGCAGCAGCCGGCACAGCAAGGGCUGAAUCCAGCUUCAAACUAUGUCACACCUCCUGAGGCAGUGGUGAGCGCGUGGAAGGACACGGCCUCGCCUCGCACCCCUGCAGGGCCUGUGGCGCCUGCUGUGAGCGCUGCAACGCGCAUGGCGCACCGCCGCAAGAUGGUGGACGAAAACAGACUGCGCAAUUCCCCACUCUCCUCGCAUUCCCUAUUCACAAUUCCCUCCUCCCUCCCUUCCAAUUUCCCAUCCGCCACUCCUCACGCCACAGCUGACCUUCCGGGAGCAACGCCGCAGGAUUGGGAGCCGAAGCAAGUAGCUCGGGAAGACGACAAGGAGGCUCGGCAGCGGCAGCAGCCUGGGAGAGAAAAAGCCGGAGGGGGAAGUCAUACCUCCAAUGGUGCGGCUUCGUCUGCUGAUAGUGCUGCUGGGGGGAUGGCGGGAGGGGGAGCAGGAGCAGGUGACGAGGUGGAAGGGAGAGGCGCGUUGGGAAGAGGGAGCAGCGGCGCAGAGGGAGGCGGUAGAGAGGGGGAAGGAGGGGAUGAGGCGGAGAGUGGGCAAGGGGGGGCGAAGAGUGGUGGGGGAGGGGGGUAUGGGGAGGCAGGAGAGGAUGGGAGUGCAGGGGGAGGGACAGGAAAAGGAGGGGAGAGUGGGGCGUUGCUAGCAGUGCGGCUGCUGAAGCAAGUGGGACGGGCGUUCCUGCUGCUCUGCAUGAUGCGAUGCCAGGAGGCAAUCGAGGCCUUCUCUGAGCUCCCGGCUGCUCAGUACAACACACACUGGGUGCUGGUUCAGGUGGGUCGGGCCUACGUGGACAUGGUGCAGUAUGCAGAGGCGGAGAGAGUGUUUGAGAUGGCACGCCAGGCCAGCCCUUGCCAUGUGGACGGUCUAGACAUCUACUCCACGGUGCUCUUUCACCUGCGCAAGGAUGUGCAGCUCAGUCUGCUGGCUCAGGAGGCAAUAGCAGUGGACCGCAUGGCUCCGCAGGCAUGGUGCGUGAGCGGCAACCUCAUGAGUCUCACCAAGCAGCACGAGGCAGCGCUCAAGUUCUUCCGAAGAGCCACGCAGCUGGACCCCUCCUUCACCUACGCCCACACACUCUGUGGCCACGAGUAUGCAGCCAUGGAGGAGCUGGAGGACGCUGCUCUCUGCUUCCGCACGGCCAUUCGCCUCGAUGCCCGCCACUACAACGCGUGGUACGGCCUGGGGUCAGUGCUGAUGAGGCAGGAGCGGUUCCAUCUGGCAGAGCACCACUUGCGCACGGCACUAACUGUCAACCCCCACUCGUCCGUGCUGCAUACCUACCUUGGCGUCUGCCUGCACUCCCUCAAGAGGAGCAGCGACGCCCGCGCGUCCCUGCAGCAUGCCAUGCGGCUGGACCCGCGCAACCCGCUGCCGGUGUUCCAGCACGCGUACAUGCUGCUGGGGGACGAGCGCCUGGGCGAUGCGCUGCACGCGGCCAAGCAGCUGCUGCACGUGGCGGCCAGAGAGCCCUCCGUCUACUUCCUCCUCGGCAAGAUUUGCAAGAAGCUGGACCGACCAGAGGAAGCGCUGAUGCACCUCAACUUUGCGCUGGACUUGAAGCCACCGGCGCAGCAAGUCAACCUCAUUAAGGCCUUUAUAGAGAAACUUAAUGUGCCGGACAAUCUGGAAGACGUCGAGGAGGAGGAAAGCAUGUAA